AAGUGAAAGCGAAUGCAUCGGGCCGAAAGCGGGUACGCGAAAGCACUCACCGCUAUCUGCAGUCUUGGAAGAUAAGGGCAAACAAAUUCCACGACGUGAGCUACUUCUCUACUCCACUCUUCUCGUCCACUCCUUCGGACAAGAACCUUCAGGAUGUCGCUGAAGACCGCCCAUUUGCAUCCAUUGUCAUUCCUCUACCCCGUGGGGAACACGCCAGCUGUCUGCUUCACGCAGACACUUCCUCCAGAUAAGAAUGCUUCGCUGCUCCUCCUUGGAUGUGGUGACGUUCGCAGCAUUCUGUUCACGGCAUACGCGGGGAUUGGACUAGGCGACCGUAAGCUGGACUACACUUGCUGCGACCUUGAGGCUGAGAUUAUUGCCCGCAACAUUCUGAUUCUUUCCCUGAUUCUCGACAACUCUAACGGCGACAACGACCGAUUAAUCUGGAACAUCUACUAUCAUGUCUUUGUUGACAAGGAGUCCUUGGAGCUGCUGCGGAAACAGUCUGGAAAGCUCUUGGGUCAUGCGGCCUCCGUUGACGAAUGGCAGAAUGGCCCCUAUGGAUCCACCAUUCGCUUCUGCGACACGAUCACCUUCGACCGAGUGCUCCGUUUGUGGAAGUUCUAUUCGAUUGACUCAACGCACAAGGAGGAAUAUAAGAAACAGCAGCAGAUGCUAAAGUUUCAAUGGAAGGCAGUACAAGCGCUCCGACGCGAGAAAAUUGGGGUUAAUGGAGUUGUACUGGACAACCUCCGUGCUACCUUUCCCGUUCGCACCCUGGAUGCCUUUAACAAUACCGUGGAGCAGUACAAAGCAUUCUGGCAGAGCGGUACUAUGAUCAAGGAUAAAAAAGUGCUGCGCACUAUGACUUUCGCCAACCCGAUGUUCGCCUGCUUGCGGAGCGGUCUAAUGCUGCACUACGGCAUCGAUCCGCUCGGAGGCUUUCACCUUGCGCCUGUAUAUGCGAGGCUCUCAGACGAGUCGUCUUUGAACUUCGGGAACAGCGCUGUUAAUGCCGCAAUGGGCCAAUUCUCGGCUUGGUCGAACGCUUUUCGAACAUCUCGUCACCAAAUAGCCCUUCGCUUCGUCAAUGCGGAUGCGAUCGCUUUCUGCAACGUUCUACAGCAUCACCGAGUACAUGGCGAGACUGCAACAGCAAACUGGUACCGCACCAACUCCGAAUACAGCGCCCUAGUCCUCGAUACCACGGACUAUGGAAACGAUGGACAAGCGCCGAUGUCCUUCCACGUCAUCGACACCUCGAAUUUGGUGGACCACAUUGGCAGCUUAAACAUUCUUGCGGCUUGUUCUCCCUUGCUCUUUAAGCAACCCACUUCGGUACUUCGAACCGAGAUGCUUCUUCCACGAGAGGCCAACAUCAUGGAGACGGCCGAGCUGCUCCUUUGUGGCGACCUACCCAGCACAGCUCUCCUCUUUGGUCUAAAGCCCAUUCAGUACUGGACCAAUGCGAACGCAACGUGGAGGGUGACCGACUACCUGCUGCAGUCAUCGGAUCCACAUGCUGAUGCCUUACGAAAAAUCAUGUCGAGAGAAGUCAUCUUAUGGAAGCCUUUGGAGAUUCCGGGUCUGCAUUACGACGCUCCAAAUCUGGCCAAGUUCCUGUACGGAAUCUACAUCGAGAUGUUCCAGGAUGAGAGCUGGGGGCGCAAGUUCUCGGUGUUGGGCAUGCAAAUGAGCCGCGUCGUUGAUAAGUUUAAGCAGUUCGACCUCUACACCCGCGCCAGUUUAUCAACCGUAUUGUGUACAAUCCGGCGGUCGGGGGUGGUCGAGUGGCCCAAGUUCAUCCUUACGUUCCUCGAUUUGGUUCUUAGCGACCAGGAACUCAACAUGGGCGCCCACUAUUUCCAGUCCCUGGUUGUUCAUGCGCAUAUUUUGGGCCUUUGCAACGUGCAGCAGUCUCCAUGGUUCAGUCCCACCUCUUUCCUGCAUGACCUGGCAAAAGGGCCGUUUCGCCGCUGGAAGGAUGUGCCGCCGGUCGUCUGCGUGACGCUUUCCGUGCCUCAUAGCGCACUGGCGCCAUUCCAGUCAAAAAACGUAGGAAGCCGAAUCUGCCAUCUCGGGCUACGGUCGUCAAUCACUCCCAAAGAGAACUUCUUCCCAGACAUCCAGCUUGGUUUCGGAACGGUCACGGAUAGCGGCACGGCAUUCACCAAUGACUACUCCAUUCGUAUAUCAGACGAUGAGAGGGGUUGGGAGGGUACGGAUCCGCUGCUCAUCUCAGCUCUUGUUCCCGUCGCCUUUCUCGUAGAGUAUGGAGACCCUGCGUGCAAUGUCCUCUUUGCGCUCAAGAGUACACUGACGACGACUAUGUUCGUUCCUUCCCUUGGUCUGGAUCUUGUGCUUCACAAGUCUACAGUUGGGCAGACCGAUGUCUUUGUCACCAAGCAUCGACCGAAUAUGGGUGGUAAUAUCUCCAUCGAUUGCGCCAUGGUGCCCAAGGAGACAACCGGCGAGGCCCUCGCCGUCCAGGUACGCCCUUCCUUCAACGACGCUGCGACCAAAAUCAUGGCUCUGCAAGCCCACUACGACCUUCUCUCAACCGAUCUUAAAACAUGCUUGCGUGAUGGAGCAACUAUCGAGUUCGUGCUUCCAGAGCCUUUCAUUCUCGUUCUCAAGAUCGGUGGCCGGGUCGUGCACAAGAUGGAACUGUCAUUACCAUUGAACGAAGAAAAGGGGAAAGGCAAGAUUGCGCGAAAGUCGUCUUGGGUCGAAUACUCUGCUCCUCUGGUUGGGCUAAAUGGCUUGGCUGCUCGACCUGAUAUGAUGUUUCCCAUUCACAUGGAUAGCAGCGGAGCCUUGCUCGAUCACCUUCACUACCUUACGCCAAACGUCCUUCCAACUUUGCAAAUUGGCAAGGUCAGUCGACAUGCCGACUGGCUCGUUGCACAUAUUUCGCCACUCACGACGAUGUCCCAUUCCGAGACAAUGGUGUACAAUAACUGCAUGGCUUUGAAGCUCUCAAAUAAGCCCGGACGUCUCGGGCUCAAAGAAUCCCUCUGCAGCAUUUUCAUGCACGUUCUUGGACUUCAAGGCCUUGUGCAGACCACCGUGUUUAGACUUCAUGGCCAGUCGCGGGACAUUGCACACUUCUAUGUCGAUAACCUUCGUAUGGAUCUCCACAACCAAACGGUCUUCUUGGAUGCUGCCCUCGUACCACUCUCGUCGGAUAUACUUGCGGGCUUCAAUGAGGGGUCCAAAAAACUCGACAAUCACACAGCUGCCGUCAUCAAGUUGGAUGAUGACGAGGUACCCUUCUGGAAGCAUCUGAUCCCUGCCUCUGCCGAGCGCUGUCGCCAAUGGAAGCAUAAGGCCACCUGCGAGUAUGGGUCUGAAGGCAAAAUGCCCCUCUCUACAGAUCUGGACAAGCCGUUCGUAUGCAGCUGUGGACUCGGAGUCUUUCCCCAAGGAUACCUCAAAGGCAUGAAGAAUUUCCACCGCGUGGCCAAGUACGCCAUCCGCGUGGCAAUUCCAGUCGUCUUCUCUUCGCCCAUCAGCCCAGAUGAGGCGCCCAACGCUCCGCGUCCCUCGCCCUCUAACCCGCCGAAGGCUCCUCACAAGGCACAUGGGAAAAGCCGCGCGGUUCCGCGUAUUGCCGAUUUGGAUGCGAAGAAGAACGCUUGCUUCGAGUGCGGUGCGAAGAAGGCUAAGAAUGGGGCAGCGUUGAUGAAGUGUGCGAGGUGCAAGUUUGCGCAGUACUGCUCUGCUGAAUGCCAAAAGGCGAAUUGGGUUGAGGAGCACAGGAUCAUCUGCAAGCAGUUGCUAGAUUUAAGCAAGGGCGACUAGAAGCUUAGAGUCUCUGCGUUAGGCCCUAUCCCUCCAUCCACCACUAGCCCUUCUACAUGGGGCACAAGUCCAUACAGUGUGGUACCACUCCUGGUAGUAGUUAUACGCCUAUUCCCAUUCGUUGAUAUGUCCCGUAGAGUAGUGGAACAUCCCACCCUGUCUCGAC